GAUCAGUACUAGUCAUGAUUCAUAUAGCUGGAGUUUAUUGAUAAUAAUGUAUAUGAAAGAUAAUAAUGAUAAUGCUCUUCUCUUCAUAAGAUAAUGUCAGUUCAUUAUAAGAAAUCGUAGUGUGAAUUGAAAAUGUCGAAAACAUCGAAAAACCAAUUAAAACAAUUUUACAAUUGCCGAAUUUUACGAGGUGGACAAAUCCUUGAAGAAAAUUUAUGGGUUAGAGAUGGAAAAAUUAUUGAUCCAGAAAAAAUAUUUUACGAUGAAAAAAUCGAGGCCUCUGUUAAAUUUAAUUGCGAUGGUGCAGUAAUUUCACCAGGAUUCAUUGACGUACAAAUAAAUGGUGGAUUUGGCAUUGAUUUUUCAUAUAAUACUCAGAAUGUAGAAAAAGGAAUAAAUCUAGUAGCCAAAGGAUUGCUUUCCUUUGGUGUUACAUCAUUUUGUCCGACUAUAGUAACUUCACCCAAAGAAACUUAUCAUAAAAUAUUACCAAAGAUUAAAAAAAGAAAAGGAGGAAAAGAUGGGGCAGCAAUAUUAGGAAUCCAUGUUGAAGGACCUUUUAUAAGUCCAUUAAAAAAUGGCGCACAUUCGAAAAAUUAUAUUAGAAUAUUUGAAAAUGGAUUUCAAUCCCUUUUAGAAUUAUAUGGAAGUCUUGAAAAUAUUUGUUAUAUCACAUUAGCUCCAGAAAUUGAUAAUGCAAUGGAAGUUAUUAAAGAAUUAAAAAAAAAAAAUAUAAAGGUUUCUGUUGGUCAUUCAGCUGGAAAUUUAAAACAAGGAGAAGAAGCUAUAAAAAAUGGAGCAACGUUAAUAACUCAUUUAUUUAAUGCAAUGCUUCCAUUUCAUCAUCGAGAUCCUGGUCUUGUAGGAUUACUUACAUCUAACCAAUUAGCACCUGGUAAAGUUAUUUACUACGGAAUAAUCGCAGAUGGAGUACAUACUCAUCCAGCUGCUUUAAGAAUUGCGCAUAAAACUAAUCCUAAGGGUAUAUAUUUAUUUACAAGCAAACUUUUGAUUACACGAAGAACUUAUCGAAAAAAAUUUUCUCAAUCAGGUUUGAUACUAGUAACCGAUGCAAUUUCAGCUCUCGGUCUUGAAGAAGGAAUACAUCAAUUAGGUCAACUUAGCAUCGAAGUCAGAGCAGGCUCUGCUUAUAUCGCUGGCACAAAUACAUUAUGUGGUAGUAUUGCUAAUAUGGCCGAAUGUGUACGAUUUUUCAAGGAAGCCACAGGAUGUUCAUUAGUGGAAGCUUUAGAAAGUGUAACUUUACAUCCAGCAGAGGCUUUAGAAAUUCAACAUGAAAAAGGAGUUUUAGAUUUUGGAACACAGGCAGAUUUUGUACUUCUUGAUAACAAUUUGCAUGUGCUGUCAACAUGGAUAGCUGGAGAUUGUGUAUACGACUGCCAACAAAAUUUUUGAAAAUCCAAUGAAUAUAAAAGUUAAAUAUAAAUUAACUUGUUAUUAUAAAAUAAAAAUCUGUUGCAGAUAUAUGGUGAAUGUCUAAUUCCAAAGGAAUGUGCCGGAGGAACAUCCAAAAUUACCUGAAAAUGAAUGACAUUUAUGUAAGGACGAAAGACCCACUAUACGUUAAAAAUAAUUUUAAAAAUGGAGCUUGUACAUUUUAUAGAAA